AUGGCCACCGCGCUUGCAUCUCCCGACUCCGGCCGGAGCUCCGAUAGCAGCUCGCUGGACGGCGCUGCGACCGAAAAGCAGAAGCUCGCUUUGAACGGCAUCACAGCCACCACAAAAACAAAGACCAAGAGCAAAAAGUCCCGAAAGUCCAAGAAAGAUGCUCAAGGAAACGACCUCUCCGAGCUAAACGAUACCGCAGCCGCCCCCAAGCGCUGGAAAAGCUUCUGGACCGCCUUCCGCUACUUGGCGAAUCUUAACCAGAAGGAGGUCGAUGAUUUCAUGGCCUCCUAUGUCAUCUACAACCUGGACUGGUCCAACGAGCAGCAAAUGGUCGAGACCCUGGGUCCCAAUUACCAGGAGAAAGUUGGUGACUGUUUGAAAUCGUACUAUGGCGUGCUGAAUCAUCUCUGCGCCCUUGGUGACGUCGAGAAGAUGUACAUCCCGCCCUUCAUGAGUCGCAAAGCCACCGUGCUCGAGAACCAGUUGCUCUACGAGGUGUCUAUCGCGCGCGACCUCGAGCUGAAACCCGGCGACCGCGUGCUGGAUCUAGGCUGUGGUCGCGGGCGUGUCGCAGCACAUAUGUCCGCUGUUUCCGGCGCACACAUCACGGGCCUCAACAUCGACCCGAACCAGAUCGCGCAGGCGCGCGAUUUCAACGCGAAGCAGGGCUUCACAGAAAACAAGUUCGUCGAGCAGGACUUCAACGCCCUCCCGCUUCCCUUCGCCGACUCCUCCUUCGACGCCUUCUAUCAGAUCCAGGCGUUCAGCUUGUGCAAGGACCUGCGCAAACUGUGCGCGGAGAUCUUCCGCGUGCUCAAGCCUGGCGCGCGCUUCUCCAUGCUCGACUGGGUGUCCUUCGACGCCUACGACCCGCAGAACCCCGAACAUGACGCGCUGAUGCGCCGCGUAAAACCGCUCAUCGGUGCCGUCGGCACGCCCACGCCCAAACUCCUCGAGGACGCUCUCACCGACGCCGGGUUUAGCGUGGUGAAAUCGGAUAAUGCUAGUUUGGACGGGUUGCAGGCGCCGCUGAUCGAGACGGUGGACACGUACUUCCGCACGAUGCGCGGGGUGAUCCUUGCGUUGGUUAAGGUGCGCGUGUUGCCGCCGCACUUCAAGACGCUCAUUAACCGGCUUUGUCUGGACGGUGAGGCGUUUGUGGAGAUGGACUAUAAACGGUUGAUCACGACGAGUUAUCGCAUUAUCGCGCAGAAGCCGCGGUAG